AGGUAUCAAAAAUAGUAAUGUUCCUGGCGGCUGGAUCGAGUGAUCUAUAGAAUGUCUCCUUCGGAGGCUCAGGUGAACAAUAUCUUGCAUAGAUAUGGGAGUACGUCCGGCACGUGCCGCUGACGUCCAUCGUGUCCUGAGCUAAUCGGACCCAUUGUUAGUCCGAAUGGACCGGGGAUUUGGAUGGGCGGUUCACGAAUAGGCUCGGGGCCGGUCGCGCUCCAUCGAAGAGAGGCGCUUCUCGCAGUUGGAAGCGGACGGCGGCCAUGGCGACGGAGGGUGGCCUCCGAUACGGCGUUCAGGACCACCCGAUGGAGGUAUCGAAAGGCCAUGAUCUCGUCGCAGUUCUCCAAUCCCAGCUGGCCUCUAUCGGCAACCGGGUGGAGGAAUUGGAGAAGGAGAAUGAGAGAUUGUUAUCACGGAUAUCUCGCUGCCGGUGCUCGAAGGAAGAAGAUGCAACAUUUCCAUCUAACGCUGCUACUAGCUUGGAAGGAGCUCUUCAAGAGGACCAACAGAAUGAACUUCAUGCAGCUGAGAAUUCAGAACUUGCCAAGAUCUCUUCUUCUAACCAUUUAUUCAUGUCCUCUAGUAAUUCAGUCAAGCAGGAUGAAAUUACACAGGCCAAUGGUUUUCAUGUGGAGAACACUGCCAAAUUUAUUAAGCAUGAGUCAAGAGAGGAACCAGGUCACCAUCCAAGGACUGUACAUCACUUUGCAAAGAGAUAUAUUGCUCUGAAAAUCAUGUAUUUUGGUCAGAGGUUCUAUGGUUUUGCUUCAGAGGCUCAAAUGACUCCAACUGUUGAGUCUGAGAUAUUCAAAGCACUUGAGAGGACGAAGCUUUUGGUUGGCAAAAAAGAGGACUCACAUUACUCAAGGUGUGGUAGGACUGACAAGGGAGUUUCAUCAACUGGCCAAGUGAUUUCUCUAUAUUUACGGUCAUGCCUGAAGGGUGUUGGAGCAAACAGCAAAAGUGAGGAGUCCACAUCAGAAGAAAAAUGUGAGAUUGAUUAUGUAAAGGUGCUGAAUAAAGUCCUCCCAAAAGAUAUCCGAGUGCUAGGAUGGUGUCCUGUGUCCACAGAUUUCCAUGCAAGGUUUAGCUGUUUAAGCAGAGAAUAUAGGUACCUUUUCUGGAAGGGGAAUUUGGACAUAGUGGCAAUGCAGGAAGCUGCUAAGAAGUUCAUCGGGGAGCACGACUUCAGAAAUUUCUGUAAGAUGGAUGCAGCGAAUGUGAAUAACUAUAAGCGUCAUAUCACAAUCUUUGAUAUCUCUUCUUCCAAUAAAAGGUUCAGUGAUAAUGAACUAUGGGCAAUGACGAUCAGGGGGAGUGCUUUUCUGUGGCAUCAAGUUCGGUGCAUGGUUGCUGUGUUAUUUAUGAUUGGUCAAGGUCUUGAAUCCCCUAAUAUAGUUGAUGUGCUACUGGACACCGACAACACUUGGAGAAAACCUCAGUACAACAUGGCACCAGAGCUCCCACUGAUUCUACAUUUUUGCAAAUUCGAAAGUGUCAACUUUAUUUGUUCAUCAGAUGCCAGCCGAGUUUUGCAUGAACACUUGAAGAAUGAAUUCCGGAGUUACAUGAUGCAAGCAGCCAUAUUUCAUGAGGCCCUGGGUUGUUUACCCAUUCCAGAUGGGAGCUCAGCAGAAGCUGGUAGGAAGAAAAAAGGUCAUAUUCCUCUCAUGCUGAGUCCAACAGAGCCAUCAUAUGAUGAACGGCGGGCCAAAUUGAAUGCAAAGGCUACUCAUAAGAGCUUACCAAAUUACCUUGACAAACGAAAUCAUGAAGCAAACUAAUUUAUGCAGCUCUAGUCAAUUCGAUUUCAUUUCCUAUGAUGAUGGAAACCCCUAUCAUUUCCCAGCCUGGGGCAAGGACCAGCAGUUUCAGCACCAUCUGAAGUGCAAGUGAAGUCAUUGUGAUGAUUAACUGGCCUAAAAAACAAUAUGGAUCCAAGGGAGGUCCAUUAUGGUGCUUGUAUCAUUACCAAAACCAUCUUCCCUUCAUCUGAAAGUUUGUUUCAAGCUAAGCGAGAUGAAACAACCAUAGUUAUAAUUAUUCUGAAGCUAAGUAGUCCACUAAAAUUCAUUGUCCAUAUGAGUUACUUUAGUUGUGUUCAAGCACAUGCCAAGCUUGCAAAUUAUGUCAUUAAAGCAGGCAGGUGGCUGCUAUUUUCUUUAAGAUUGUGCCCUUGCAAACAUGUUGUCCAUUGCAUCUCUCCUCCAUAUUUUCUAGAACCAGAACAAUAUUAAGAAUUAUUUUUACAAGGUCGAACUUUCUGAU